AUGCCUACUUUUAUUUGUUAUGAUCAAGAACGUUGUGAUUUUCAUCCAACAAUCUAUAUAUAUGAUUUAACCUGUCAAUCGAGUUCAGAAAUGGGUUUUAGUUCGAAUAUUAUAUAUCGAGAAUGGUAUUCAUUUGUAUUGGCACUUAAAAAACGAUUUCAUUCUUGUACAAGACCAAUCUAUUCAAUAGAUAAUCAAACACAUAAAACACUUUAUCAAUGCACAAAUUCAGAAAAAUUCAUUUCUAAACAUCGUCUUAUUGAUGGAAUUUCAGAUUGUAUUGAAAACGAUGAUGAAUUAUAUAAUGUAAGUUGUACCCUCAAUCAUACUUAUCGUCGCUUAUGUCCAAAUGAAAAUAAAUGUUUAUCUCCAAUAUUAUCACAAUCUAUCUGUUCUAUGUAUACAACAAAUGAAAAUCGUAUUUUAUCAAUACCAUUUCAAAUGAUAUGUAAUAAUAUUCCUCAAAUGAUUCCUUUACUUAUUGAUGGAAGAAUUGAAUCAGAUGAGACUGAUUGUGGUGAACAAUGGCCUUGUUCAAAUAUGUAUACACGUUGUAAUCAUUCAUGGGCAUGUGAAAAUAGAAGUGAUGAAACAGGAUGUUUUCAUUCAACAUGUUCUUCUUUUGAACAUGAUUGUGUUUCACCAAUUAAUUUAACAAUGAUAUGUUUAUCAAUGAAUCGAACUAACGAUGGAAUUAUUGAUUGUUUAGGUGCUACUGAUGAAAUGAAUAUUUGUCGAAAUAAACAUCCAAAUCAAUUACAAGGAUUUCAUUGUGCAAAUAGUGAUCAAUGUGUUUCAUUUUUAUCAAUGUGCAAUGAACAGAAUAAUUGCGUAGAAGAGAAUGGUGACGAAGUGUUCUGUAAAGGAUAUAGACAGGAACCGAGUUGUUUUCAAUAUAACACAUAUAAUAUCACUAGAGAAGAACAAUUCUUAUGUAAUAUAAAUAGAAGUUUCAAUCCAAUUGUUCAUUAUUUCAAAUUGACAUCAUCAUCAUCAUCAUCUUCUACUACAAAUAUUCAAAACAAACAAGGUGUUAUUUAUCCAAUAUUAAAUAGACCAGAAGAAUCAUUGUGGGCUUUAAAAUGCAAUCGUGGGCUUCAUCUACGUCAAUCAAUUGGUGAUAAUCAAUUUUUUCGAAUUUGUCUUUGUCCACCCUCUUACUAUGGUAAUGAAUGUCGAUAUCAAAAUCAACGUGUUAGUCUUACAUUAAGUGUUUUAACAGAAGAUUUGAAUACAAUUUAUAUUUUACUUGUUAUGUUGAUUAAUAAUGACAAAGAUAAACAAGAAAUUCAUUCGUAUGAAGAAAUAAUUCAUAAAUCUCAAUAUGAUUGUCCUAUAAAAUACAAUAUUUAUCUUUUAUAUUCAUCACGACCCAAAGUUAUUUCAAAUAAUUACAGUAUACGAAUUGAUAUAUUUACUCGAAGAAAAAAUUCUAUUGAUUAUCAUGCUAGUUGGAAUUUACCCAUUCCAUCCAUCUUUUUACCCGUUAAUCGAUUGGCUACUCAAAUUAAUGUACCAAUAAAGAAAAAUAUUUGCAAAAAUAGAGGAACAUAUAUUCCAAUUAAUGAUGAUAAUUCAAAUAAUAAUUUUCAAUGUAUUUGUACUGAAUAUUUUACAGGUCCAACAUGUGAACAAUCGAGAAGAAAAUUAGAAAUUUCUCUAGGUGAUAUUGAUCAACCUUCACAUAUUUUUAUACAUUUAAUUACUGUUAAUUCAAAAGCACAACUUACACGUACAACUAUUGUUAAAAAGAUAAGUAUUGAUCAUCGUUAUGUUAGUCUUAAUUUAACAAUUGAAUUUCAUCUUGUAUUUAUUGAAGUAAAUAAUGAUUAUUAUUUAAUAUAUUCAUCAUUAAAUAAUAAUUUAUCAAUUAUAAAACGUAUUCAUUCAUCUGAUCGAUGUCCAUCUUAUGAAGAACUUUUUAAUUUAACAAUGAUAAAUUGGCAUCCAUUACGACGUGUUAAAUAUUAUCAUGAUGUUUGUAAUAAAUAUAAAGAAUUAAAUUGUUAUUUUGAUGAAAGUUUAAUGUGUUUAUGUACGAAUGAAUAUCAUGCAAAUUAUUUUAAUUUAAAACGAUAUAAAUCAUAUUUAUGUCAUAAACCAAUAUGUUCAUCAACUCUUAUUUGUAUUUGUUCAAAUUGUUAUUAUGGAGAUCGAUGUCAAUAUUAUGCUGAAGGAUUUAGUUUAUCAUUAGAUGCUAUUUUUAAUUUUGAAAUUAAACGAUAUAUUUCAUUUAUUAAUCAACCAUCAAUGGUUACAAAAUUACGAGAAGUUGGAUGUGGAAUUUAUUUAUUAGGUACAUCAAUUAUUUCAUUAUUGGCAAUAAGUGUAUUUGCAUUGAAUUUUUGGUUACUCUUUAUAGCACAAUCAAAUUUAGUUAUUAAUCGUUCAUUUUUACUUGUUCGAUGUAUUACUAUUGAAUCUUUAUUGAAAAUAUUUUUUUCAAUAACUAAUUGGUUAAAUGCAUGUGUAGCUGCCGAAAGAUCUUUGACAAUUCAUCAAGGAAUUCAUUUUAAUAAAGAAAAAAGUAAAAGAAUUGCAAAAAAAAUCUUCUUAUUUUUAAUAAUAUUCUCAAUUGGUUCAAAUAUUCAUGAAUCAAUACACCGUCAAUUACUUGAUGAUAUUGAAGAAGAACGUACAUGGUGUCAAGUACGUUAUUCAUCAAUUAUGUGA